AUGAAUCUUUGGAUCAGCACUCAUUUCCUGGUCGCGGGGCUGUUUCUGAGCAGCUGGGCUCUGACACCUGAGGAAUGCCGGCCUCUAAUCACGCCUUUGUCUAUGAAGCCCUCCAUGAUGUUUUUUAGGUCACACUUCCUCGUUGGUUACACUGAUAAUGAAGUUUACAACGACAUGCUGAAGACAACUCAGAGCUACUGGAUGAAUGUCCACCCCUCACCAUCCAUCCCCGAGACAUUUGCUAUGAGUGCAGACAACAAGUUAAAUGGAACCUGCCUGUCUUUAAGGACCAACAUAAACUUUGAAGGCAAUACUGCAUCAACAUUAGUCUCCAACAUCACAUCGGUGUUCCACAUAUUACCGACCUGUGACGGCUGUCUUCUCAUGAGCAUCAACAGCAGCGCCACAAACUUGGACAAAGUAUUCAGUAUGAUGAACUAUAACAGCAAAGUUACAGCGGAGAAGAUCAACGUCCAUGCUCUGUAUCUGAUGGCAAGAGGAACAACCUUGAAGGACUCUGAUCUGGAACAUUUCAGGAAGCAGGCGAGCUGCCUCGGCUUCAACAGAGAACCAGACUUUAUCUACGACCCCAAGAACGGUAACCUGUAG